UGACCGCCACAUGUACCACAGCCUGUACCUGAAGGUGAAGGGAAACGUGUUCAAAAAUAAGCGGAUCCUCAUGGAGCACAUCCACAAGCUGAAGGCCGACAAGGCCGGCAAGAAGCUCCUGGCUGACCAGGCCGAGGCCCGCAGGCCCAAGACCAAGGAAGCCCACAAGCGCCGGGAAGAGCGCCUGCAAGCCAAGAAGGAGGAGAUCAUCAAGACCCUCUCCAAGGAGGAGACCAAGAAGUAAAGCACUCCCGUGUGUGUGUGUACAUAGUGGCCUCGGUGAGGGCUGUGGGUCACCCAUCAAAAUAAAUCA